UGGGAUCUUGCCCAGCGAUCUUUUUUUUGGCUCACUGCCAGGGAUAUGUGCAGGUAGCACUGAGGGCUGAAACUUCAGAGCAGCGUUUUUGGUACUUCAUUCGGUUGGUUUGGAGUGUGGUAGGGCUGGAGAAGUCAGCCGCUGUGCACCAGUGAAUCCGGUACACAUUGUGGGAGUCCAGAUACAGGUAUUUAAUAAUUGUUUUAACCUGUUUUGUGAGAAGUUAAGCUAGUAUGCCUUUGUGGCUAGUUUUAAAAGUAUGCACUUGUUUUACAGUGUGGAAUAAGAGCCUAUGUUGUAGUGAACUGCAGCCCUGUGAAUGCCGGUGAGCCAGUGUGCAUUGUGGAAGUCCAGAUACAGUAAAACCAAACCCAUGUCAGGAGGCGGUUUACUGGCAGCCAAUCACAGUGCAGGACCGCUUCAGACCUGAGAGCGGGUGGGAUCUAAAGGACGCUCCUCAUUCUGUUCUGCUGGAGAACUGAGAGCUGGAGUAUGGACGUGUUAUCAGAGCAGGACGUUAAAAAGUACCAGGAGGAUGGGUACCUGGUGCUGGAGGGGCUGUUCAGCCCGGAGCAGUGUGAUGAGCUGCGGCAGAGGAUGAGUGAGAUCGUGGAGCGGAUGGACGUCCCCUCACACUGCCGCACUCAGUUCUCCACAGACCACGACGAGCAGCUCAAGACCCAGGGAAACGCGGACUACUUCAUCACCAGUGGGGACAAGAUUCGCUUCUUCUUUGAGAAAGGAGUCUUUGACGAAAAGGGGGAGUUCACUGUCCCAAAAGAGCGAUCGCUUAACAAAAUUGGUCACGCUCUUCAUGCUCAUGAGCCUCUGUUUAAGAACAUUACUCACUCUCCCAAAAUCCAGGGCUUGAUGAAGAACCUGGGUCUGACAAGUCCUGUUGUUCUGCAGAGCAUGUACAUUUUUAAGCAACCAGGCAUUGGUGGAGAAGUGACUCCUCAUCAGGAUGCUACGUUUCUGUACACGGAGCCUCUGGGCCGGGUGAUGGGUGUGUGGAUUGCUCUGGAGGACGCAACUCUCGACAAUGGCUGCCUGUGGUUCAUACCAGGCUCUCAUAAGACUGGAAUCACCAGAAGGAUGGUGAGGACUCCUAAAGGCACUUUCCCACUGACUGAUUUCAUUGGACGAGAGCAGAGUUAUGAUGACAACCUUUUCAUUCCAGCGUCUGUAAAGAAAGGUGGGGCAGUUUUGAUCCAUGGCCAAGUGGUCCACCGCAGUGCUGAGAACACCUCUGAUGCGUCCCGCCAUGUUUACACAUUCCACAUCAUGGAGUCUGAAAACACCCUCUGGAGUCCUGAUAACUGGUUACAGCCAACAGAGGAGCUUCCAUUCCCUUCACUCUACACCUAAAACCCUAAACGCAUUCCUGCUUUUCACUUUAUCUCACCAAAUACUGGACGGACACCAGUUAACACCAGUUAAACUGAUCAGAGUGCUGCAACCGCACUUGCAGUGACUUACAGUUUAUUAAAACCAUAAUUAGUCAGUCAUGUGGGGAACAUGAAUAUCUUCAUUCAUCCAAACCUCAAUCCAAACAUCUGAAACUGAUCAUCUGUAAGAAUACUCACAGCCUUGUAGUACAAUAUAAUGUCAUUUGGUUGAAGAUGUGCACAUCAGAUCAUCAUUCAUUUAUUACAGCAGCAGCAGUGUGCCUCUGAUAGCAGUUAGACGCAGAUGGCUGGACAUCACCAGUGGAGCGGUAUUAUUGAUUGAUCUGCAUAUCCUCACCUACUGUUUUUCUAUCCCAUUUUUUAUCCCAUUUUCUCACAAUUUACAAGGCCAAUUACCCCACCCACUUAUUAGGACUCCCCCAUCACUAAUGAUGCUCCAACACCAGGAGGGUGAAGACUAGCACAUGCUUCCGCCGAUACAUGUAAAGUCAGCCACCGCCUCUUUUUGAACUGCUGCUUAUGCAUCGCGUCACAGCGUGGUCGGAGGAAAGCGCAGCGACUCGGUUCUGACACAUCAGCUCACAGACGCCUUGUGCUGCAGACAUCACCUUUUGGAGUGAUGAGGGGAGAGAGCACCAUCUACCCACCCAGAGAGAGCAAGGCCAACUGUGCUCUCUCAGUGUUCCAGUAGCCGAUGGCAAGCUACAUGAAUAGGAUUCAAAUCGGCGAACUCCUGAUAAUGGUGGCUGCGCCUUAGUCCGCUUGACCAAUCGGAGCCAUAAAAACGUUUUUUUAAGGUUAGCAAAGGUUUUAUGAAAAAAUUUAAUGGGCUGGUAUGUUUCAUUAUUUCAAAGGAACACAUCAGCUAUUAUUGGAAAAAAUAUGGUUUAGGGUUUUUUGGCUCUUCAAAACAUGGUGGUGGGAGUGUUUUUCCCACACCUGCAAAGUCCUUUUAUAGAAGUCAGAGCAGGCUCCCAAAGAGUCUGUUUUCUGUUCUCAGUAAAAGCUUAUUGAUAGACUCCACCUCUUUUCAGACCCACAGUGUGGAUGUUUUCAGACCUGAUGGAGAGUGGAGCUUGAUCUUUUUCUCUCUUUCUCAGAGAUGAGGGCUUCAAGUGCUGUUCAUUUGAUGGGGGACAGUGUAGGUGGUCUACCAACGCUUACAGAGGGGGGUUAUGGUAAUAUCUGUUAUCCUAAAUCUUUACCGUAUGAAUUAUCAUCUAUCUGUUUAUCUCAGAAACAUCUGAUAAAUGAAAAGCUUGCACAAAGGGGUGUUUUAUUGGAAAUUAAAAAAGGUUCUCCUGACUUUUGCACAGUAAACAAUAAAUCCAGAUAAACACAAAAAGAGCUGUGUCAUCCUAGACUUAUGUUUGACUAUUUUUGCAUGCCUUCCACAGUUUUAUAAAGACAAUGAAAUAAUAUUUUUGUCAAAUUCAGUGUUUUUCAAUUAAAGGCAGUUUUACCUAUUAAAAGCUGGUUUUACUAUU